UUGUCCUUUGCAGCGUUGUGCUCUCAUUUAAACGGCUGCUGAAGUCUGGUGUCCAAGAUGGCCCCCCGUCGCUUUCGCGGUGCUGCCGCCUUAGUGGUGGGCUGCUUGCUGGUCUGUUGCUUGGAGCGAGGCUUUGUGAGCCCAACAAAUGCUACCAGGCGCUCUUUGGCAGCGGGCUUUGCCAGUGGAUUGGCAGGUGUACUGGGUUUGGAGUCUGCUCAGGCAUAUGAUUUGCCAGAUUUGCCUUAUGCCUAUGAUGCCUUGGAGCCUUCUAUCGACAAAGCGACAAUGGAAUUCCACCACGACAAGCAUCACCUGACGUAUGUCACCAACAUCAACAAGGCAAUGGAGGGCAAGAAACAGCCACCUCUUGUGGAACUGCAGAAGACUGCAAUCAAAGACGGUGCUGCCUUCCGCAACAGCGGUGGAGGUGCUUACAACCACAACUUCUUCUGGAAAGAAAUGGCACCCACUGGAAAGGGAGGAAAGCCCUCAGAGAAGCUGGCAAAAGCCAUUGAUGACUCUUUUGGAUCAAUGGAUGACUUCAAGGCGAAAUUUCAAGCAGCCGGUGCCCCUGGAGCGCGCUUUGGCUCUGGCUGGGUUUGGUUGGUUGUUGACGGUGACAAGAAGCUGGCAAUUACCUCCACACCAAACCAGGACAAUCCUCUCAUGGAGGGUGUGGAAGGCACAGCAGGCAUCCCAAUCUUGGGCUGUGAUGUGUGGGAGCAUGCCUACUAUCUCAAGUAUCAAUACCGCCGUCCUGACUACAUCAAAGCUUGGUGGGAUGUGGUGAACUGGGAUCAAGUGAGUAAGUGGUACAACGAUGCCUUGGGCGGCAAAGCACCCGCAGCAUAAUUUCUUGACAUCUUGACUCUUCACGUGGAAUGGGCUUUGAAGCCAGUAGAAGCUAGGUCCUGAUGCUCCAUCUAUCUAUUUGAAGUCGGAUUUGAACCUGACAAGAUUUGUGUCCUGAAGAUGCUCGUGCAUUUUCUGGAUCCUAUAGAUUUUGUACAAUUUUAGGCAUUGUAGAAAGGCUUUGACAAGCUGAGACACUAAGGCAUUAUGCUCAAAGAUUGACAAAAAA